AUGAUUAUUUUUCCUAUUGUUUUAUUCUUGCUUUCUUUUCCUGAUUUUCAAAAUGCACAUUCUUGUCAUAAAUGUGCAUCUGGAAAUGCUGUUUGGGUGAGUCAGAAGUACAUCAAAACUGUUUAAAAUUAUAAAAAAUUGUUUUUCUGUAGAACUGGGUGAAAUAUGGAUUACCUGUGAAUGAAGGUGAUUCAGUAAUCAGUGAUGAUAAUUGUCUAGUCGAAUCGAAACUCAAAAAAGAUGGAGAUAAAUGUUCGGGAAUAUGUUAUACUGUUAAUAUAACAAGUCUUGAAGCUGAAAAUACUGGAAAAACUAUAGGUAAACUUUUGAUUUUCAAAAUUUUCUUUAAAUUAUUCAAAUUUUCAGCGAUAGUUCGAGAAUGUUCUAAAAGACACAUCGCAAUUCGAGAAAACGAGAUAGUUUGUGAAUCGCUGACCAAAUAUGUUAAUCGUAAAAAGUGAGUCUAAUAUUCUUUCCCUUUGCAAAUGCAUCUGCUCAAUUUCUUUUUUUUGCAGUGUGAACAUAACCACAUGUUAUUGCCUAGGUCACUAUUGUAAUGGUGUGGGCGCGGCUGAUGCGCAGCAAAAGAAUUCGAUCAUUCUUCCCCCUAAAACGACCACUCAAUUGCCUGUUGAUACCUCAUUUCCUUGGUUUAUUGUACACAUUUCGUGUAUUAUUUUAUUAGUCGCGUUUCUUGUAUUUUUACAUGCUUGUAAGACUUGUCAUUGUUGUUGUUUUAAGCGGAAACAUGUGCCUAUCGAAUAA